AUGAAAUAUAUAUUAUAUUCUAUUAUCUUAUCUUUAUUAUUUCUUAGUGUUAUUUCAGUAGAUGUUGAAAGAGUUAGUAAUGCCGAUGUAGAUUUAAAUGUCAAUUCCGAUUACAAAGAAGUUGUAGAACAACCUUUGGAUGUAGUUACGGAAUCAAAUUCACAUAUUAAAAAGUAUUCUUCUCUUUUGAAGGAUAUAGAUUUGAAUGAUGAACAGAAACUUAUUGAGUUGUAUGGAAAGAGUAAAUUAAAGUCAGUUGCAGUCAUCAAGAAUUCAUCUCUUGUAGCAUCAAAGAAUAAUAUUAUGAUGGUUUCAUCUUCUGGAUCGAGAAAAGCAUACAAUAAGAAAAUGUCAGGCACAAAACCCAAUCUAAAGAAUUUAAUAGAUUUUACUGAGGAGCAGAUUGCUGCACAAUGGGAAAACAGAAAUCUACUCAAUGAAGUUUUCGAAGAACGAUUCUUCCGACAAUUAUAUUCAAUCGAUGAAUUGAUUGAUCUAAAGUUUAAUAAUAAAAAUGUUAUUGAUCUUAUUUGGUUAAGAAUUCCUUUGCCUAUUGUAGAGAAUGAUGACUAUCCUUUGGAUUUGUAUAGAAAUGUAGAGAAGAAUCAUCAGAUCAAUCGUUAUCCUUUAAUGGCACAGGAAAUCAAUGCUAAACAUUCAUUAGCAAAGAAUAUUAGGGAAAUGUCAAAGAGAUUCAGUGCCGAGGAGUUCUCAUUUCAUCCGACAACAUUUAUUUUACCUGAGGAUUUUGAAUCACUCAAACAAUAUUCACUUGACAAUCCAGAUGUUCAAUUCAUUAUGAAACCAAAGUUUGGUGGAAGAGGUACUGGUAUUCAUUUAUACGCAAAUGCCAAUCAAAUUGAAAAUGACCCAAAUUAUGUUGUCCAAAAUUAUAUUACAAAUCCAUUUUUGAUUGAUGGAAAGAAAUUCACAUGUAGAUUAUAUGUCUUGGUAACUUCAUUGGAUCCAUUGAUUAUUUAUAUUCAUAAUAAUGGUGUUAUCAAAUUUGCAACAACCGAGUUCAAUACUGAUAAGACCACUUUCAAUGAUGAAAAUAUGUCAAUGCAUAUCACCAAUCAAGCUGUAAACUCUGGUAAAUCAAACUUUGCAUUUAGCACAGAUAUAAAUGUGGACGACAUUGGAAGUAGAUGGAGUCUUAAAGCAUUCUGGAGAUAUCUUGAUAAUAACAAUAUCUAUUCAUCUACUUUGCUGUGGAAGAAUAUCAAAGAUGUUGUUGUCAAAUCGAUAUUCAGUGUUGAACAAUCAGUUCUCGAAAAGACAAAGGAAUUAAUGAAGUCUGAAUCAAGUGUAUUCCAAUUAUUAGGUGUAGAUGUUGAUUUAUUAGACAAUUUCCAACCUAUUUUCAUUGAAGCGAAUACCAAUCCACAAUUGGGAGGAUCAAAAGCACCAUUUGAUAACUAUAACAAAUUGGAAUUAAUCAGAGAGACAUUCGAUUUAAUAGGACACACCAUUUACAAUUCUACCGCAAUGAAAGAAGACAUCAAAUCAAAACUAUUACAACAAAGAACACAGUCCGACGAUAAUGAUUUGAGCAAGACCGAUAUUGGCAUCAUGUCGACGGUUGAUAUCGAUCCGCUACAAUUCAAAACCAUCAAGCAAAUAGAUGAACAAUCACUCCAAAAACUCGUACAAUUUGAAUUUGAGAUGUUACAUCGUUAUGUAAAGAGUGAUGCUAAAGAUUAUUGA